AUGGAUACUCCGCCUGAAAUACUCCCUGCUUGCGAGCUGUUGGGACGUGGUAUCACUCUAUUUCCAGGAUCUAAUUUAUUCGACUACCUAGAAAUUUUAGGGGGCGUUGAGAAGGUCCAGCUUCUAAAUUUCAACCUAAACAAUAAGCCGACUACAGUUCCUGGAUCGAAUAAGCAAUAUCUAGUUCCAGAGGAUGUCUUUAUUCUUCCCGCGGGAACAGAAAUUAUCGCUGAAAAUUUACUUUGUACAACUGGAGCCGCUUUAGCGAAUGAGUUGGCAAUCAAUCCAUCAAUGGCCUAUCGUUACUUUGGUAUAUCGGCGGAGCGUAACGGGAAAAUUGGCUACAGGGUAUCUUUCAAUGAUAGAUAUCUGUUUGGCCUCUGGAGCAUCGGUGAUCUCAAUUAUACUGUCCAGUUUGAUAUGCAAAGCCUGGAAAGGUGUAUUAACGCCGACUUCAUCUGGGCGGCAAGAAGACUCCCUUGCUGGGACGAGAAUGAUGCUUCAGCGCGAGACGCGUUUGCAAAGUUUUUCGCGACAUGGGGCACACAUGUUACCACAGGUUGUUGUCUUGGAGCGCGAUACCAGCUCCAAGUCACAAGGCCUGACGCAUCUGACGAAUCGAAAAAGAACUUCCACGAACAUAUUGAAACAGAGUAUAGCUCUGUCCUCGGCAUUAAUGGUGGGACAAGAGACACAGCUCAAUACAGAGAAUACUUAGGCCGACGUGAGAGCAAAUGCUCUGUCAUGGGUGGGCAUCCACAGCUAAAGAGAAGCUUGUCAAGAGAUCCGACUAACUCCAGGCUAUUCAGUCAGUGGAUUAGAAGUAUAGGCGCAAGUGGAACGCAAGACGUUAUUCACGUGUUGGCUGACAGCAUUUACAAUUUCCUCCUCAGGAGCCCCAACCCGGAACACAAGGAAAUUGGGGACAAGAUUCAGAGAGCCUCGCGGUUCCAUUCGAAGUUUAUUACUGCCACAGGAGUUUUUAAGGUGAAGGGCAUUGGCGGCGCAACAGGUCGUGUCAGCUCUUGCGAGGUUCGGGGUGCUCCUGGCAUCAGCUUACAAGUGAUCCCCCGUCGAGGAACUGCAGCUUCCUCCCUGUCAAAAAUCAAGUUUGAAGCACUUCAAUUGUCUGGUGAUGAGAUUGAGUGUGAUGUCAUUAUGAGCGCACCGCCCCUGACGCCGGUUGAGGUGGUCCUUGCAUCAUCGAAGGAAGAGUUAUCUCAAGACAAUCCUUUCGUGUUUGACCUGCAGUUGCAGCUUUAUCCGGAACAUCUAUCAGGAGCAAUAACUGUGGGUCUGGGUAACAAGGGUCAUGAAGGAAAGGUCACCCUGCCAAGUUUGACUGCAAUAGGCAAUUAUGUUGCUGAAUAAGUGAUCUGUGGCCUUUUUCUAUUUGCCAAACACAGUUUUUAA